CUGACAGCAGAACUAUUGUUUCUACAUAUUAUCACCCCCGAAAGAUGACUGCCUUCAAUGAGCCGGAGGCCAAGCUUGAAGCUCUUUUAGACAUCAUCAACUCCUCUGCACGCCAAGCAAUCUCAGAAUACAAGAAAACAGGACAUGGGGUCCCCAGUGCCGACGCAACAACCUUCCACCCCCUCGACCUGACGACGGAUACACUUGCCCUCAAAAAGGCGAUUAGGCUGCUCGAAGGUGCAUACCAUCAAUUGAGCUCGAUACUAGCACCCCCCCAACACACGGUGAUGAAUUUGGUUUUCAAUUACAACUGGGCGUGCGCGGGUGUUGCCUUACGUGCGCGUAUUGCAGAUGUUCUGGACCAACACCCGGAAGGACUUAGCGUAGAUAAGUUGGCUGAUGCAGUCAAUCUCGACAAGAUCAAGGUUGCACGUGUCUUACGAGCUUUGACCCUCAUGGGCUGCUUCAAAGAAGUGGAGCGAGACGUCUUCGCAAACAACCGACUAUCUCUCAUACUCCAGUCAGCGAACAACACUGGGUGUUAUGCGCGACUUCAUACCGAGGAUAUCUCGAAAUUCGCUGGAGUUGUAUAUGAGACUAUGAUCGACGAUGAAUUUUCAAGAUCGCAUGAGGUCGACAAAGCGCCCCGGGUAUUUGCCUUCAAGAAGGAGGGUAUGAAAGGUAAUUACUUUGAAGUGAUGAAGGAUGACGAAGAGAGACGCGUUGAUUUUCACAGAGCCAUGCUUGGCCAGAGCGAUAUGAUGGGCGCUUCUACAGUUCUACACCACUAUCAUUGGGAUGAUGUAUCGUCUGUGGUGGAUGUCGGAUCUGGCAUUGGAGCAUUUUCCACUCCUCUGGCGAAAAUGUUCCCUCACCUCAGAAUAACCAAUCAAGAUCUCCCAGAAGUUAUGGUACAGGCACAAAAUGCAUGGGAGAAGAGUGCUCCCGAGGCCUUGCUCGACGGUCGCGUGGAGUUCAUGCCGAUUAAUUUUCUGGAGGACGUACCUGUCGUUGGGAAGGAUGUCUACUAUUUGAGGCACAUUAUCCACAACUGGCCGGACGCCGAGGCAACGACUAUCCUCCGUAAUAUCCGCAAGGCAAUGGGACCAAAUAGCCGGGUGCUAAUUCACGAUUGCGUGAUCUCCCACACAUUGCAAACACCUGGCGUAGGAACUAAUGGGUUGAGCAUCGCCCCCGAACCCAUGUUACCGAACUUCGGGGCAGGCAGUCACAGAACUUACCAAACAGACCUGACUAUGUGGUUUGCUCUAAAUUCCAAAGAACGCACUUUGGACGAGAUGAAGGUUAUUGGGACCGCUGCUGGUCUAGCACUCACCCAGGUUUACGAUCUUGUCGAUACAAUGCUCGUAGAGUUCAGAAUCGCUCAGAGCUAAUGCCGACAACAAGAUCUCCAUAUACAUGGCCCGCGUCGUAGCGUGCGAUACGUAUACUAUGUACAACUUUGCUGUAUGAUAACUAUGAUUUAUGGACCCUCCAAGAAUAGUACUCAAGAGCGUGGAGAAGGACAUCAUACACCAUCCUCACAAUGUAGAGUACAUUUCACUAAUGAAAGCCAAACAGUUUCAAACCGCGGGAUCGAACGAUCCGUCCUUCAUUACAUAUGUUAGAUAACGCAAGUCUCUUUACCUACUUUACAUGCAACCAACUUCCUUGUU